AUGGCUAGAGCUUUGUGUCUACAGCAUUCUGUCUGGUUCCUGGGGUGGACACAGCUGCUUUUAGGCCUCUGUGGUAUCCCUCCAACCUGGGCCUUGAACCUGGACCCAGUGCGACACACCAUCUACACAGGCCCCAAUGGCAGCCACUUUGGGUUUUCAUUGGAUUUCUACAAGGACAGUCGUGGAAGCAACGUAGCUAUCGUGGUGGGUGCCCCUCGGACCCUGGGAGACAACGAGGAAGAGACCGGUGGCGUGUUCUUGUGCCCCUGGAGGGCUGAGGGCGGCCAAUGCACCUCGCUGCCCUUCGACCUCCGGGAUGAAACCCGACGCGUGGGCUCUCAAACGUUCUACACCUUCAAGGCCGGGCAAGGACUGGGGGCGUCGGUCGUCAGCUGGAACGACAACAUUGUGGCCUGCGCCCCCUGGCAGCAUUGGAAUGUGCUAGAAAAGACGGAGGAAGCCGAGAAGACUCCCGUAGGUGGCUGCUUUGUGGCUCAGCUCCAGAGCGGCAGUCGAGCCGAGUACUCGCCCUGCCGAGCCAACACCAUGAGCCGGGUUUAUAGCAAGAACUACUUUAGCGGGGACAAGCGCUACUGCGAAGCUGGCUUCAGUGCGGUGGUCACCCAGGCUGGAGAGCUGGUGCUCGGGGCCCCGGGUGGCUAUUAUUUCUUAGGGCUCCUGACCCGGGCUCCAAUCGCCGAUAUCGUCUCAAAUUACCGUCCUGGCACCCUCUUGUGGCACGUGUCCACCCAGCGCUUCACCUUUGACUCCAGCAACCAAGAGUUCUUCGAUGGCUAUCGGGGGUACUCCGUGGCUGUGGGCGAGUUUGAUGGGGAUCCCAAAACUACAGAGUAUGUCUUUGGGGCCCCCACCUGGAGCUGGACCCUAGGAGCGGUGGAGAUUUUGGACUCUUACUAUCAGAAGCUGUAUCGGCUGCAUGGAGAGCAGAUGGCUUCGUAUUUCGGGCACUCGGUGGCUAUCGCUGACGUCAAUGGGGACGGGAGACACGACUUGCUGGUAGGCGCACCUCUGUACAUGGACAGCCGCGCUGACCGCAAACUGGCCGAAGUGGGGCGCGUGUACUUGUUCCUGCAGUCCCGCAGUCCUCACGUACUGGGCACCCCCAGCCUCCUACUGACCGGCACCCAACUCUAUGGGCGAUUUGGCUCUGCCAUCACCCCCCUGGGCGACCUCGACCUGGAUGGCUACAAUGAUGUUGCAGUGGCUGCCCCUUAUGGGGGUCCCAGUGGCCAGGGCCAGGUAUUGGUGUUCCGAGGUCAGAGUGAGGGACUCACCUCACGCCCAUCCCAGGUCCUAGACAGCCCCUUCCCCAAAGGCUCCGGCUUUGGUUUCUCCCUUCGAGGUGCCACAGACAUCGAUGACAACGGAUACCCAGACCUGCUGGUGGGAGCUUAUGGGGCCAGCAAGGUGGCUGUAUACAGAGCUCAACCUGUGAUGAAGGCCAGUGUUCAGCUGCUGGUGCAAGAUUCGCUGAAUCCUGCUAUAAAGAAUUGUAUCCUACCCCAGACUAAUACAGCCGUGAGCUGCUUCGACAUCCAGAUGUGUGUGGGAGCCACCGGGCACAACAUUCCUCAAAAACUGCGUCUGAAUGCUGACUUGCAGCUGGACCGGCAGAAGCCACGCCAGGGCCGCCGGGUGCUACUGCUGGGCUCUCAGCAGGCGAGCGCCACCCUGCAGCUGGACCUGGGCGGGAAACACAGCCCCGUCUGCCACACCAUCAAGGCCUUCCUCCGAGAUGAGGCUGACUUCCGGGACAAGCUAAGCCCCAUUGUGCUCAGUCUCAAUGUAUCCCUGCAGCCUGAGGAGGCUGGACUGGCCCCUGCUCUUGUGCUGCAUGGAGACACCUACAUUCAGGAGCAGACCCGCAUCAUUCUGGAUUGUGGAGAGGAUGACCUGUGUGUGCCCAAGCUCCAGCUCACUGCCAACGUGAGGAGUUCCCCACUCCUGAUUGGCACUGAAAAUGUGCUGGAGCUGGGGGUGGGCGCUGCCAAUGAAGGUGAGGGGGCCUAUGAAGCUGAGCUGGCCGUUCACUUGCCCCCAGGUGCCCACUACAUGCGAGCCCUCAGCAACAUUGAGGGGUUUGAAAGGCUCAUCUGUAACCAGAAGAAGGAGAAUGAGAGCAAGGUGGUACUGUGUGAGCUGGGCAACCCCAUGAAGAAAGAUGCUCAGAUAGGAAUCACCAUGCUGGUGAGUGUGGGGAACCUGGAAGAGGCUGGGGCGUUUGUGUCCAUCCGGCUGCAGAUCAGGAGCAAGAACAGCCAGAAUCCAAACAGCGAGAUGGUGCUCCUGAAUGUGCCCGUCCUAGCAGAGGCCUAUGUGGAACUUCGAGGGAACUCCUUUCCAGCAUCCUUGGUGGUGGCGGCUGAAGAAGGUGACAAGGAGGAGAAAAGCUUUGACAGCUGGGGCCCCAAAGUGGAGCAUACUUAUGAGCUCCACAACAAAGGUCCCGGUGCUGUCCGUGGCCUUUACCUCAGCCUGCGCCUCCCUGGCCAGUCCCAGCCUUCUGACCUGCUCUACAUCCUGGAUGUGCAGCCCCAGGGGGGUCUUCAGUGCUCCACACAGCCCUCCCCCAACCCUCGCAAGUUGGACUGGAGGCUGCCCACCCCCAGCCCGUCCUCUGUUUACCCAGCCCACCACAAGCGGGAGCGCAGACAGGAGCCCUGGUCAGGUGCACAGCAUCCGUCUGGGUUCCAGGACCCAGUUCUAGUGAGCUGCAAUUCGGCACCCUGUACUGUAGUACAGUGCAAGCUGCAGGAGAUGGCGCGCGGGCAGCGUGCCAUGGUCACUGUGCUGGCUCUACUCUGGCUACCCAGUUUACACCAGAGGCCACUGGAUCAGUUUAUCUUGCAGUCCCACGCUUGGUUCAAUGUAUCGGCUCUUCCCUACGCGGUGGCCCCCCUCAGCCUGCCCAGCGGGGAAGCACUUGUGGAGACACAGCUGCUCCGGGUCUUGGAGGAGAGGGACAUUCCUAUCUGGUGGAUUCUAGUAGGCGUGCUAGGUGGUCUGCUGCUGCUCACAGCCCUGGUCCUGGCCAUGUGGAAGGUGGGCUUCUUCAAGCGAAACCGCCCUCCCCUGGAAGAGGACGAUGAUGAUGAUAAGGAAUAA